UUCGUAUUACAUCGACAUGCUCCUGGACCCCGAACAGGAGACUAGGAUGGGACGGGCGUUUGAAUCCUAUCUUAGAGCGCAUCACCAUGAUGACAUUCUCCAGCUUAUUGAAGAAAAUGACGGGGAGACCCAUCGGCCUCUUAUAGUUAAUGCCAUGACACUGUUUGAAGCCAACAUGGAGGUUGGGGACUAUUUCAACGCCUAUCCCAACGAUGUCCUGACCAUUUUCGAUAAAGUGUUACACAGAACAGCCAUUGACUUAUCGAAGAAUGCUCACACCACACAGUGCAGUGGACAACUCACAAAGGAGGAGAGAAUGAGACGUACGCUACAUGCUCGCAUCACAGGCCUGCCACUUUGUCCAGAACUAACCAGAGACACCAUACCCAGGUCUCGAGAUGUAGGACACUUCCUGUCUGUCACUGCUACUGUGAUUCGCACCAGUGUCGCAAAGGUUCUGGAAUAUGAGCGCCAUCAUAUGUGCAACAAGUGUCGCUAUGUUUUUGCCCUGGAGGCUGACUUUGAACAGUUCUACACCUUUGUUCCUCCUUUGACCUGCCCUAAUCCUGAUGGCUGUAAUUCCCAAAGAUUUUGUUGUCUCUCUGGAGUGUCUGAGCCCGGGGCCUGCAGAGAUUAUCAGGAGAUCAAAAUUCAAGAACAAGUCCAGAGGUUAUCAGUGGGCAGUAUUCCUCGUUCUUUGGUGGUAAUUCUUGAGGACGACCUGGUUGACAGUUGUAAAUCUGGAGAUGACGUGACUGUCUUUGGUGUAAUAUGCCAGCGGUGGAAGCCGUUCAGCGACGGCGCUUUUUGUGAUGUGGAAUUGGUUCUCAAAGCAAACAACAUAGAAGUGAACAACCAACAAAUGGCUCCUUCUCUCCUCAUAAAGGACUUUGAGCAAGAGUUUGGAGACUUUUGGCAAAGCUACAAACAUGAUCCCAUAGCUGGUCGAGAUCACAUCCUGUUGAGCAUGUGCCCGGAGGUAUUUGGCAUGUAUGUGGCUAAACUGGCUGUGGCCAUGGUCUUAGCUGGUGGUGUGCAGAGGAUAGAUCGUUCUGGAACAAAGAUUAGGGGUGAGUGUCAUAUGUUGCUGGUUGGUGACCCUGGGACCGGGAAAUCUCAGUUUCUGAAGUAUGCCGCAAAGAUCAUACCUCGGUCUGUGCUCACAGCUGGAAUUGGAUCUACAAGUGCAGGGCUGACAGUCUCAGCUGUGAGAGAUGGAGGUGACUGGCACCUGGAGGCAGGAGCUCUGGUCCUAUCAGAUGGUGGUUUAUGUUGCAUUGAUGAAUUUAACAGCAUCAAGGAACACGACCGCAUCAGUAUCCACGAGGCUAUGGAACAGCAGUCCAUUAGUGUGGCCAAAGCUGGGAUUGUUUGUAAGCUGAACACCCGCAGCACCAUCCUAGCAGCCACCAACCCUAAAGGCAAAUGCAAUCCCAACGAAUCUGUGACCGUAGCACUGGCCAGUCCACUACUGAGUCGAUUCGACCUCGUCCUGAUUCUGCUGGACACGAUGAACGCAAAUUGGGACCACGUCAUCUCCUCUUUUAUCCUGGAGGAACGAGGUCUGCCCUCCGAGGCCUGCAGCCUGUGGCCCCUGGAAAAGAUGAAGGCCUAUUUCAGCAUCAUCAAACAGCUCAAACCCGUCGUGUCGGAGGAUGCCAAUACGAUUCUUACACGCUACUAUCAGCUGCAGCGGCAGAGCCAUUGCCGCAACGCUGCGCGCACUACAGUUCGCAUGCUGGAGAGUCUGAGCAGGCUAGCAGAAGCACAUGCCAAGAUCAUGUACAGGGAAAUGGUGACUAUAGAGGACGCUAUAAUCGCCGUCUCCGUAAUGGAGUGCUCCAUGCAGGGCGGCGCUCUGUUGGGUAGAGUCAAUGCUCUACUCACUACAUUCCCCACUAAUCCCGGUAAGCAGUAUGAAGAACAGAGUCGGCUGUUACUGGAGGGACUGAAUCUUCCACAGCUUCUACAGAAGGAGAUGCAGAGACUGGCAACACAAAAGGCCAACACUUCCGAUCUACCAGAGAUGGAUUCUUCGGGUCCUGAAAUUCAAACUCACCUCAGAAACUUCGACGAUAGGUCCCCUCUGCACGGCAUAACAACUGACCCCAAGGGUGAUUCGACAGAGGAAAUGGGCUUGAAUUGGUUCCUUUCUAUGAAUCCAUCAGAGUCCUCAAGAACUACGAACUCACCAAAUAACACGUCGCCUCAUUACCUGAAGGCAAAGCCGGCCUCAAACCAACAGGCCGGGUGUAAAACUAAAAAGAAUAUCGAAAUACAUAAUACUUUUGGAAGCGAAGAAGAAGUAAACCAGAUUGAGCAACGCAAAGACUUAUCGGGACGUGCGAGCGUGUGCCAGAAAGUCGCUAGGAAUCUGAGAGAAAAGCGACUGCAACAGCUGAAAGAUCAGGACAACGAUGGGGACAACGUGCUGUCCACGAGAAAAAAGAAAACGUGUGUCUUAAAUUCCGCAUUAGAUUCCCAUAGCGGUAGCACGGCGGCAUUGGGGAACAUCUUUACAUCGAAUAACCAGGUGGAGAGCAGUGGCUUACAGGUUCAAGGCGAGAAAGACCACAGAAAUCAGAUCGGGAAUAAGAACUUGUCUGCGACAUCAGAGGAAACAGUGAAAGUCCUGCACCCCGAGUUGUUGCAGUUCUCGUUUAAACAGAGGAAGGCGAACCCUGCGCUAGAGCUCGCGACCGAAGAUGAAACGGAAGACAUCCACGUCCCAACGCAAAGCAGAGAACGUAACCAGAAGUCAGGACAACAUAACGGUUUCCCUAACCCAGCAGCAGCUGACAAACAGGCGAGUAAAGGGCGGGAGAAGGGUAAAAACAUUCCUGAAAGUGGGAAGAAACUGCUUGGUGUCGGGAAGGAGAGUCUCACUAGUGAAAAUACCUCAUCUGGACAGGAAAAAUCGCCAACCGUUCUCGCAAAAUGUCGAGCUAAGAAAAGGGGAGAAGCGGAAAACAUGCGUCAGGAACGCAGAUUUGACGGUUCUCCUUUUUCCCGGGAACCGAGCAUCUCCAUAUCGUCACUGGCCGAAAGGUUCUCGUUCACAUCCAGUAAAAAAUCCACAAUCACAACUCAACCACAGGAGGGCAGAAAUCUUCUCGCACAAGCGAAGAAGCACGUUGAACACUCAAAGACAAACGUAGCUAAUGCGAGUCAAAACCUUCCAGAUUACCACGGACCCAAUGCGUUUCUAGACCAAACUGUGCCUGUUGAACAACGGCAGCAUACGAAGAAGAGGACAUUUUCCCAUUCGGAUCCACCGACGACUGGCUGUAGUUCUAAGCGUUCUUUCUUCGAUCGGUCACUGCUCGACUCCGAAGAUCUAAGUAAUGACGUACUCGACACUGACUGGGACCUAGAGAAUUAAAGGUGCGAAACACACAAAUAUAUUUAGGCUCCUUUCU